ACAAGUAGGCGUGGCCUAUUCUUUGCUGGUAGACAAUGGCUGCCCCGGGGACACCAAUGGAGGGGUCUAACGGGCCAACGGGCGAGAAUAUAGCGAGUACAAGGCAGGCCCCACCUCCCCCACCCUAUAGGAUACUCAGUAAAGAGUACAUGGCUCAGCAACUCCCUCACUUACAAGAGAAAGCGCCCCAGCAACCAAAAGAGCCAUUAGAGUUCAAGACCAAUGCUCCAGCCUCCCUUCCCCUCCCCUCCCUCUUUCCUGGUGAGGUGGUCCGUAUGCAGCAGCACAGGGUCGUUUGUACCGAUAGCUUUGAAGAACCGGCUGUAGGCGUGGUCUAUGUUACUAAUUUUAGGAUUAUAUUUAAUGGGAGCCCUGUAUCGGAUCCUGAUGUUUAUGAAAUCUUAUACGACUUACAAAACUCCACCGCCUCCUCAAAGAGAGGAACUGUAGAUCCUAGUACCCUCAACUCCCACUUGUCUGGUGGCAACAUAAAGACACUCGUCUGGAAGAAGAAACAGCCUCAGCCCUCGUCUCCGGUCGCCCCUCCCCGUCAGUCAAAGUUUUAUGUAGGAAAAACGGAGCCAGAGGAUUAUGCUGGAGACAGAGAAGAUGAAGAUGGAGGGGAGGACGAAGAGAAGCAAAUUGCUUUUCCUACUAAAUGGUUCCAACGUCUUAACACUAUCAGGAAGUCGACAGGUGCCGGGAUAAAGAAUGCUAUUGGGGAUAUUUCUGCCGACAUUGCUAAACGGAAGCAAAGAGGUGGCCAGCAGCAGCAGAACCCGGCAAGGAUCACCCAGUCUGUCCCAAUAUCCUCCCUUGCUGUCUCUGGGGACGACUCUGUUCUCUAUUCAUCAGUUCCUAAUAAACCAGCUCCCCCUCAGUUUCUCAACCUUGAGGACAAACCAGUGACGCUCCCUAGGAAUAUGCCGAGUCACAACACUCAAGUGACCACACCCCCUGACAACCCUCUCCACAUGGCUGACAGUGGUAUAGUGGAUGCGUCAGUGGAGACUGCCUCUCCCUCUCUCACCUCUCCCCCUCUCCCCACGGCCUCUCCCCCUAACUCUACCUCUCCAUUGAGUCAGUUUUCAUCCUCUGGUGAUGUCUUCCUCGAUGCAUCAAACACCGAUGAGAUUGACUUUGAGCGUUCACCGAUUGAUUUCCCUCUCUCUGACGACAGGAGACGCAAGACUGGAGGAGGCAGGGGAGGACGUCAGCCUCGCCCUUCCUCGUUCCUCGGGAUUGAAUCUGAUUCUGAUUCUGACGCGAUCACUGAUAAGUACUUUGGUAGCAUCACUGAGGAGGAUGACAAUGACGACAUCACAUCACCGGAAUCAGUUUCAAGUCCCUCGAGGACCAACCAAGGGAACUACGAGAAUGUUGUACUUAAAGUUCCUUCUCCUGUUCACUCCUCCCCCGGGAGAGGAGGGCGGGGCACUAACUAUGAGAAUGUGUCGCUGAAGAAGCCGGAGAUACAUGUACGUGUAGAAGGAGAGGAGACUGGAGGUGACUAUGAGAAUGUAUCUUUAAAGAAACCAACAGAAGAAAAGGAAGACAAUGAGAGGAGAGAAGAAGAGAGAGGAGGAGGAGGAGGAGGAGAGACAGGAGAUGAUCUUGGUCAUGAGUUAGAGGCUACUCUAAGAGUGGAGGCUGAGGGAAAAGAUGAUGAAGGAGAGACUCAGGAACUAGAGAAAACAAUAAAAGAAGAGAGACCAACAGGAGGAGAUAUCCCUUCUCUUCCUCCUACUACAGAUUCUGACAAGACAAACAAAGAAAUAGAGAGCACUCCAGAGCUGAGAGACACAAGUAAAGACAAGAAGAACCAAGACACAAUCAGUGAAAAGGGACCACCCACUGAAACUGGUGCUAAAGUCCCUGCUAAGCCCCCUAGGAAAAAGAAGCGAUCCAAAACAGCAGCUGAUGCUAUUGAUGAGUCAACUGAAGCUAAAAGACCCUCUCUCAUUGUAGAGGGAUCCGAGGGCUGGCAGAGGUCUCAUUCUGAUGGUCCUACGAGGACUUCUACUCGACGACGCCCACCGCCUCCCCCCAAACCUAAAACCACACCCGCUGCAUCUGAGACUCUGCCCAAUUCUCACUCGGCGUUAGAAGUUAAGAGUUCAAGCGAAACUGACCUCUCCUCCCCUAGUUCCCCUCCCCACGUCCCCCUGCACCCUCCACUGGACCGGAACUCUUCUCUUGUUGCUGUUCGUGGGUCGGAGUAUGUCCGCCCAUUGACUGCCUACUCUCCAGUAAUGGACAGCUCCUUUGAAUAUACUGACUGGAGCGGACGCUCUAAGUCUAGUUCCCACAAGUUACACGACUCCAAUAGUUUACCAUUGAACUUUAGUACCAGCACUAGCAUGCCAUACUAUCAGUAUACUCAUACUGUGUCUCUGCCAUUGUCCACCAUUAGCAGUGUGAAGCACCUUCCUCCAGUGGUAUUGGAUGAGAGUAGUAUCAGGAUACCUGAUGGUACACUAGUAUUAGGAAAGAACUUCUCUUCAUUAAAACUUCACUUUCAUUCCAGUAAUACUUUUGAUGCUCUAAAGUUUAAAGAAUUCCUCGAAAAUAUAAUCAGCGAGCCAAAACAAUUUUAUGACUACUUUGCUUUCAAGUACAGGCUGGCCAUCAAGCUCCCCAAUGCUCAUAUAUUUGACUCUAGAAAACUUCCCAAUUUCUUUCACUUUAAUGCUGAGAUGGAAAGGACUGGUAUAUUAAAUGCAAAGAUUGGGAAUACUUCUCUUUGGAGGAUAACAACAAUCACUAAGACAAAUCCUGAUCUCUGUCCCUCUUAUCCAGAGAAGUUGGUUGUGUUGCUGUGUAUCCCUGAUGUUGACCUGUUGAGAGGAGGGAGGAUAUACGAGGAGGGGAGGUUCCCCACUGCCACCUGGAUGAACAAGUCCAAUGGCUCAGUCCUCCUAAGAGCAGCUGCCACUACCUCUGAAAGAGGCUUGCAGAGUUCAAAGUUGCCGGUUGAUGAAGCGAUACUACAAGCCAUCAGAGGCUGUAAUGCUAACUCAAGACUCUUUGUAUUUACUGAGAAAUCAGACACAUCAGGUUUCCAAGAUCCUAAUAAGCUUACAAAAGAAGCAGCUAGAUCUUAUUAUUAUCACAAUUGUCAUUUCAUUUAUUCUGUGAAUCCUCCCACUUACAAAAGCGUUCGUCAUUCCUUCAACAAGUUACAAGCAAUGCUCCAGAGCAACAUUUCUGAUGAUGAGUACAUGGUGACACUAGACGGUACCAAGUGGUUGUCUAGGGUUGGUGAUCUUUUAGAUACGGCUCAUAAAGUCGUUGAGGCACUUACUGUUGAAUCUGCUCACGUUUUAGUCUGCUAUGAGAAGGGAUGGGAUAGAACAACACAAAUUGUUAGUUUAGCUCAAUUACUCUGUGAUCCAUAUUACAGGACAAUGGAUGGAUUCCAGGUGCUGAUACAAAAGGAAUGGCUUUGGUUUGGUCAUCCUUUCCAGUCUCGUCACAGUCGGAGCAGAGCCGCUGUGGGCGGGGCCAGCUCUAAGAUCAAAGAGGACGGGCCAGUGUUCCUCCAAUGGAUUGAUUGUGUCUGGCAGAUAACAAGACAAUGUCCGUUUGCUUUUGAGUUCAAUGAGAAUUUGCUGAUUGCUCUGGUUGAACAUGCUUAUUCCAAUCAGUUUGGUACCUUUAUGGGUAAUUCUGAGAAAGAGAGGACACAGUGUUUCAUGAUACCUGAUCAUUAUCAUCAAUCAAUCUACACAAACACGAUAUCGUUCUGGACUUGGGUUUCUAUGGUCAAUUCUAGCAACAACAUAUUUUUCAAUAAUUAUUACGAUCCUGACUUUCAUAAAGGGGCUAUUUAUCCAAAGUUUUAUCAAACUUGUCUUGAAAUUUGGAGGACACAUUAUGACAGGCAUAAGCUGAGACAGGAGGUAUCAGAAGGUCAGUGUGGUACUACAAGGCUAGAAAGGGAACUCCAUCAAGUGACAAAGCUCCUUCUGGAGCGGCAACCAUUAUCCAGCCUCUCUUUAAAUGUUGGUUUGACACUGGAUAGCAUUCAAAGUCUUCAGACCACCUCCUCAGGAGAUACUGAUGCACCUCAGUUGGGUCCUAACCCUCUCCCUCCUUCCACUCAAGCUGUUCUUGUCAGGGCUCCUGUAGGUAGGAGGAAUUAUAGCAGUGUGUCCAGCUUCUUAGUUGCUGAAGGUUAUGACCCUAGUGUAUGUCAUCAUGUUGUCCUAUCCCCCGCUAAGUGUCAAGGCUAUUUGACCAAAGAAGGAGGUUUCAUGAAGAAUUGGAAGAGGAGAUGGUUUGUCUUGGAUUAUGUUAAUAAUUAUGUUGCAUAUUUUGAGUCUCAGGAGCAUUACUCUCAAAGAGAGAGUCCUAAAGGUGUCAUCAUGCUGGAUGACAUAAAGAGGGUCUCCCUCUCAACAAGGCGAAUCCACUUGAUGUCCAACCUCUUCCAAGUCAAGACUCCAUCCAGAACAUACAAUAUCAAAGCUCCAUCUAUCAUCACUAUGGAGAUAUGGAUGGCCUGUCUUAGGCUCCCAUCUUCCUCUUUGCAAAAAACAAAAGAGUGAAGAAAGAGAUAUAUAGAUAUUAUAUUAUUUCAACUAAUGUUUCGAUUGAAAUUAUUAUUUAUUGUGUAUGUAUGUAUGUAUGUAUGUAUGUAUGAUGUGUGUGUGUAAUACCUCUGUGUACCACUGCAUGCGUGUUAUUAUUAUUACUAUUACUAUUAUUAUUAUUUGUAUUAUUUGAAUUUUUAAUGCAGUCGUGAAAAGUUCUAUAAAUUA